AUGUCCUCCGCCCACGACCUCCGGGAACUGCCCCUGCACAUCCUCAAGCAGAAGGCCGCCGUAGAAAACGACAAGAACGUGCCCCUCGGCGACUGGAUCCAACAGGCCAGCCAGAACUACUCCGCCGCCAGCGAGGCCGACGCUCAGAAUCAGCCCAAAUCAGCCUACUAUCACUACUUCAAAGCUGCUGGCAUUCUCCAGCUCAUCCUCAAGCACCCCGGAUUCCCAACCCUAAAGGUCCAACAUCCUGCCGAUUAUCGAGUCUAUCUCGAGCUCACGCCCAAGAUCCUGGCGUGCACCGAACGUGCCAAAACCCUGGCCGACUUGAUCGAAAACCCCUCCCGAAACUCUGUCCCAGCCGCCUCCUCAUCCAAAGUAACCGCUGGUCGCCGGCCGGUUGGAGGCGGCAUUUCUGACCGCAUCAAGCUCUUCGAAUCUUCCAAACCGCCUGAAAGACAGCCCCCAUCCUCCCCAAUCACUAGAGAUCCUUCUAAAAACCAACUCUCAUCUCCAACUUCCUCCCCCAAGAGCAACAACGACCGAAGGCAAUCUUAUAUCCCACACCCAAACGGACUCGCUGCUGCUACCCCUCAACCAAGUUUCGUAUCCACUGCUCUAGAGUCCGAGUCCACCAUCCGCUCCGGAUCUGCACCACCCGAAUUGUCCAUCGAAACAUCUUCCUCUGGAGUGCCCAACAAGCUCAAGCUGAACUAUGCCAUCGGCAACGGUCUGCCUCACACAAAUGGCCAUUCACCCUCACAUCCACAAAGUCCAUCAAAUCUACACCUCGAUCAAAUUCGCACGCCCUCUCAGUUCAAUCAAGCCUUCCCGCCCCUCGAAGACCCUCCAUCAAAUCAAUCCGAAGAAGCGCUUCCACUCCCCUCUCUGCCUAGUGUCCCCUCAACUCUCCCGCCCAACUCAUUCUCCCCCCUCCCCCCGCCGCCUCAACCCUUCCAACUCCCCCCUCCCGAUCCCGAUCUGGACUCUCAACCUACAUCCUACUCCGUCUCGGACCCGUUGGUGAACGACGUCACACUUGGGGCAGGCCUCACAGAUCACAACCUUCCCAACAGGAACGCCUCUCCCGUGGGCGACCCACCCCCGUAUCCUAACUUCGAGAUCGAAGCUCUAUCACGUUCCCCACCCGCUCAAAAGUUGCCCUUCACUCGGCCUCCUGAUUUCCAGUCCCCCCCUGUUGUCAAAGGCCCCCGAAGUAUUGACUGGACCCUCUCCUCACCCAAAGUCGCCGCAUUAGACUACAGUCCUCUCAAACCAGCCCAGCCCGCUGGUUCUCUGCCCAAGUUACCUUCGGACGCAAACGAAGUCUUGCCAGCUACAUUGAUCGAUUACUUCAGAAGGUCCGCUGCGUGUGGGGUUGACACCAAAGUUCUGUUUUUGGAUCUGCGGAAUCGCGAUGAUUUUGAGUCGUGUCGAAUCAAAUCGACUGAUGUGGUUUGUAUCGAACCUCUGAUCCUGUCGAAGAACGGUGGAAGAGGCGUCAGCUCGCGGGACAUCGAGGACUCGUUGGUCAUCUCUCCGACGAAAGAACAGAAACUAUUCAUGAGUCGUGCGAAUUUCGAUUACGUGAUUAUAUAUGAUAAACGUUCGGUGCAACUCCCAGUUAAUCGUUCGAAAAGCGAGCUGCUCUACUCGUCGGAUCCAAGCGAAGAACCUGCAAGAUUGCUUUUACUGUUGUAUCUUGCGAUUCACAAGGAGGAGUAUAUCCAACGACUGAAACAGCCGCCGAUGCUGCUCAGUGGCGGGAUUGAGGGUUGGAUGAAAGUGGCAGGAGAACUUGGCGUUGUUGGAAAAGGUUCCUCAGCUCAGGCUCUCUCGCCUCGACAAUCCUAUCAGACGCCAUACUCCACCGAAAUCACCUCAGCCAUGAAUGGUAUCUCGAUCACCCUCAGGCAGCCAUUCAGUACUGACGGCGACCGAAAUCGAAAUGGAAUCGGGAAUGAAAAUAUGAAUGUUCACACUGAUCUAAAGCGAGCGCGUCGGCAAGCUUCAGUAAUCCAGCGGGACGACUCAAAUCAUAUCGUCCGAUCGAUUCCGGACCUUACAACGAUGCCUAACGGAAUCCCUUACCAUCCCCCCACAUCAACGAGCAUGCCCACCUUCCAGCCCAGUCGCCCUCCCUCAUACUCGUCGAGCAGUUAUCGUAACAACGGAAUUGCGAGCUCACCCAUCACUCUUCCCCAGCAGACCCUCCAAAGACUCAAGUCAACAGAGCUAUACGAUGGCAACCGCUCAUCCAACGAAACGGUCCCCUCCGGUUAUUCCUCGACAUCAUCCAAUCACAUGCCACUCACUCUUUACCACCCUCACUCCGGGCCUCCAGCACCACCGCCGCCGAUCAACUAUGGGCCUCACCCGCCUCUGUCCCAUCCAUCCCACCCAAUCGAUGUGCGGUACGGGGGAUUCAUGGCCAAUCCACUCCGUCCAGCGAUCCAGUAUCCGCCCCUCCAGUCUCACCCUCGUCCCCUCCAACCGCCCCCAGCAGCCAUGACCCCCGGCGGCUCAACUGCCAUGCCCAGCUACUUCAACCGCGCUCCCCUCUAUGCCCCCCUUCCCCCACAACCCGCCCUGCUCGGCGGAGACUCGAGGAGUACUCCGCCUAUCACCCCCUUCUCUGCCAAUCGACACGGACCCAGCGAACUGUACUUUAACCCUAGCUUCGAAGACGGUCAAGUCGGCUUCACCGGCUUGAAGAACCUCGGAAACACCUGUUAUAUGAAUUCGACCCUGCAGUGUCUCAGUGCGACCAUCCCCCUGGCACGGUUCUUCAAAGACGGAUCUUAUAAGCGUUGUAUCAAUCGGACUAAUCCGUUGGGCACCCAGGGCUUGUUGGCCGAAUCUGUCGCCGAGCUGGUGCGGGUAUUGUGGGGAGCCCAAUACACGUUUGUCUCGCCGAUCACGUUCAAGGAUGCGAUCUGUCGGUUUGCGCCCCAGUUCCGCGGCUCCGACCAACAAGACGCGCAGGAAUUCCUGGGGUUCUUGCUCGACGGACUCCACGAGGAUCUCAACCUGGUCACCAACAAGCCCGCGCCGCUCGAGAUGACCCCCGAGCGGGAGGCGGCUCUCGAGGCCCUGCCCACCCAGAUCGCGUCCGCCAAGGAAUGGGAAAUCUACAAGCGGAGGGAUAAUAGCGUGAUUGUCGAGCUCUUCCAAGGCCAAUAUCGGAGCCGACUACAGUGCUUGACGUGUAACACGACCUCGACGACCUAUAAUACCUUCAUGUAUCUGUCUCUGCCGAUUCCGAGUAAACGUGGCAUCAGUAAAGUCAGUCUGACGCAAUGUCUCGACGCCUUCCUGAAAGAGGAGAUCAUGGAGAAAGACGACGCAUGGAACUGCCCGAAAUGCAAGGCUCGAAGGAAGGCGACGAAGCGGCUAUCGCUAGCGAAGCUGCCGCCGAUCCUGCUGAUCCAUCUGAAGCGGUUCUCCUUCAAGGGCCCGUUCUCCGACAAGCUCGAGACCUUCGUCCAGUACCCGCUCUACGGCCUCGACCUCUCCUCCUACGUCCCCCCGCCCCUUGCCCCCAACGCCGCUGCCCUCUCCCUCGACACCAUCAAAUCCGCAUCGUAUGAGGACGGGGCGGCUCGGUCGAACCCCGAGUCUAAUAUUUACGACCUCUAUGCCGUCUGUAACCAUUUCGGGAGUCUCAGCAGUGGCCAUUACACCGCUUUCGCACGCUCCCAGAAAGACUGGUAUAAUAUCGGCGACAGCAGGGUCUCCAAAACCGACGAGAAAUCCGUCAAGGCUCGGAGCGCGUAUCUGCUGUGUUUCCGUAAGUGGAAUUUCGGAGGAGAGGAUGACGAGCAAGCCCAGACCCCGCAAAACCCGACGCCCUGUGCCCAGACCGCAACCCGAACAGAACUACCUUUCCAACCACCACAUCCACCACAUUAUCGGCACUCAAUGCUCCCUUUGGAGCUUCCGAAGAUCGAUUUCCCGAACGUCUCAUAUAGAAUCGUUAGCUCAAAGACUCUCGCAGAAACCGACAUCCAAUUCUCCAACUCAGAUCAGUGCAUCAAGCAUCUCAAGAACUAUGGAUACAACUCUGCAAACACUUGUGAGCUUCCGCCAUCAUACAUCCGUUGGAUACAACCUGCCGAAGAUGAGCUUGAAAGGGGAUGUGAAUAUGACAUGGACGAGCAGGACCUAGAAUGGCUUCAAGCACUCAACAUUGAUCGCAAACGACUCAGCCAAGAACCCGUGACUUGUGAACUGUUUGAAAUUGUCAUGGAUAGGCUUGAGAAAGAAUGGUUCCGAUUAAGUCAGCGUAUGCACAAGCCCGAUCCCAAUAUGCCUACUGUCGAAGAUAGCCGCUGCGCCAUUUGCGAGGAUGGGGACACCGAAAACAGCAACGCGAUUGUGUUUUGUGACGGAUGUAAUUUGGCGGUCCAUCAAGACUGUUAUGGGGUACCAUACAUUCCAGAGGGCCAAUGGUUGUGUCGGAAAUGUACCGUCUCACCCGAUCGUCCAGUAACAUGCGAGCUAUGUCCGAACUCGUUCGGCGCGUUCAAACAAACUUCUGAAAAUAAGUGGGCUCAUCUGAUUUGUGCGAUCCAUAUUCCCGAAACUGGGGUUGGCAAUGCUAUGUAUAUGGAACCUAUUGAUGGCGUUCGAUGUAUUCCUAAACAGCGGUGGAAGUUGAAAUGUUACAUCUGCAAAACAAGUGAUGGGGCUUGUAUCCAAUGUGCCAAUCGAAGCUGUUGUGUUGCCUAUCACGCCACCUGUGCUCAACAAGCCGGUCUCUACGUGAAAAUGAAGCCCGCUGGUUCUCUGUACCCCACAAACGGCUCACGUGGGACAGAUGAGGGCCCUGAGAGCUGCUCAGCUGAUCAUGUCGGUGGAGAAGGCGUUCGACUCAGUCAGAGUUUUUGCGAUAAACACACUCCCAGAGGGCACAUCGAAGCACUUCAAGCUGCCGCAGUAGUUAGGCUGUCCACCACCCUCGCAACCACAUCCAAAUCCAAUACAAACACGAAAGCUGCAGACCCACAGCCAUCUGAUCCACAUCUGGCAAUUCAUUCGAAAAAAAUCAACUCUCUUGAUGAUCUUCGAGCCCUCAAACUCUUAGCCAUCGGUUCGCAAUCUUCCAAGUCAGCGCGAGCCUAUUACAAGACUUGCUCCAGUGGGCCACCAUUAGUACCCGAGGUGAUAUUUCAACGUGUGAUGCAGUACUCAGGUAAACUAAGAUGCGCGCACAAAAAAGCUGUCAUCAACAUGAUUUGCAAGUAUUGGAGCUUAAAGCGUGAACCUUGGACCGCUGCUAGUGGUACUAGUUCUAAAAAUGAAGAAGAUCGCCGAAGAAAAUACGGUUUGCUCACCGCGGUCAGGCAUGAUCUCCAGCAAGUUAAAAACCUAGCAGCCAUGAUAUGUAAACGUGAAAAAAUGCAGCUCCGAAAAGCCGAGAUACAAAAAGAAGCGCUUGAAAAAACGUUAUUCCCGGUUUAUCAACAGAUGUCCUUGGCCUUAACCGCGCUGAUCGAGUCAGACAAGCAGAAGUAUUUUUUGCAUCCAGUCUCGGCAACCGAUGUACCCGACUACUACGACAUCAUCAAGCAUCCGAUGAAUUGGUCCACUAUACAAAGAAAAAUAGACCGGUUUGAAUACUUUCGAUUAUCCGAAUUCAUUUCAGACGUUCAUUUAACUCUCACCAAUGCACGCAUCUAUAACCAUGCUUCCAGUAUAUAUCACAAGACUGCCAUCCGGAUCGGUAAAGCAAUCGAGCCUCUGCUUAAAGAAUUAAUCGCCUCCGAGCCUUCUUCCGCAAUCGCUGGAUUGGGAUCCGAAUUGUUUCCAACCCGUCCACAGAAAGAACACUUUGCAGAAAUUACAUCCGUUCUACUUCCGGAUCACAUUAGUGACUUGCUGGAUGUACAUAAUCUGCCAGAUUGGACUCCCAGGCCAUAUGAAGAGGUGCUCCGAGAUAGAAACGCGAAGAAAUCGACGCAAGGUCAAACGAGCAUAUUGUCAAAUCUACUUUCUGUCCCAAUACACUCUCAAGACCAACCCAUUCCAUCAACUGAACCACCCCCCGCUAAAUUUGAACCACCUUCCCGAUCACGCUCUGAAGGAAUGGCUGCGAACCCAGAUGUUCCGAGCAUCACCAACCAACCAUGUAUUUCACCACCUCCCAGAAAACUGCCCAAUCCUCGCGGCCGAGGAAGGCCUCGCAAGAGAGCUAAUAGCUCUACGGGAGAUCUGCAGGAGCCUUCAAACAUUAUGCCAUCAAAUCAAAUAGCACCCACCCCUGCUCCAAUUUCUACUCCUACCGUGCCAUCGACAGGUGAAGAACUCAACUUGGUAGGCAACGAGACGAGAAAUACCCAGAAAAGUAAACGCCGGCGGACAUCCAGCGCGCUAUCGGACUCAACAAAAUCACGGUCGCAAACAGCAACUGCCAGUCAGGCGUCACCCGAUGCAAGUGAAGCUUGUGCCACGCCCAACGAACCCGAGACCAGCUUAUCUCGAGAGGUCAGCUAUCCCAUGUCAAACGAUAGUCAAUCAAAUGACAACAAUCUUGAUGGACGAGCCUCCCAAGCCUCGCCUGAGCUUUGGAAGGUGGCCGAUGAUGAUAGCGAACAACGUCGAAAUGAGCCAAAAUCUACAAACCGCGCCUCCAGCGAUUUCAACCCAGAAUGCACGGUAUCAUCGUCAUCGACAUCAGGAAGUGGUACUGCCAUGGCAUACACCAAUAGUCGGACAAGUAUGCAGAAACAAGAAGAGAUUGCAACCGGAAUCGAUGGCAAAUCUGAUGACAACCACAGCUUGGUUACUCCGACCGACCCAGUCAAAUUGGGGUCGUGUAUGAUAAAUUCUGAGCACUCAACUUCCUUUGCAAAUCAAGAUAAUGAUAUUCAGCAGAUUCACAACGCUAGCCGGGAAACUACCGCACUACCCACAACUUCAUCGCUGAUGCACACAGACACGGAUGAAUUAUCUCCAGUCAAGUCUGCUGAUCUGAUCGUGUCUGUAUCUCACGCUGCUGCAUCUCUGGAAUCAUUUGUCAAGGCCAAUCCUGUCACCCACCAUUCUGGCACAUCCGGAUCAAGUGAAAUGGUAUGUGACGAGGUCGAUGUUGAUAUCGCUGGAAAUGGAGGUGGAAGUGCAGACAACUCCGUCGUACCAGAGCACUCUGUUUCAUCUCAUCCAGAAGCACCCGCUCCAGAUUCUCCGCCCCAGACCAGUCGCCAUCCGACUUACUCUCAGGAUUCUCUAGCCCUUCUAGCUCCAAUUCCCGAUAGCGAGUUAGAACGUGCCGUAGGCCAAUCUGGAACUAGCCGGAUUCAUCUUCCGGGACCUACAAGUAUCAUCGACGAACAAACAAUUCCAGUAGGAGAAGGAGCGACAAUCCCAGACAUAAACAUGUCUCUGGACGUUCCUUUACCCGACGACCAAGUUGAGCUCUUCGAUCCACCGCUUAGCUCUCACGAGGACAUUGAGGAGAAAAUCGCCGAGGGGGAUCAGACAAUACCUAUGGCUAUCAGUUCAUCUGCCAACAUCGCCGAAGCUGAAGAUACACAUUUGACCACCAGGGCAACGUCAGUCUCGUUGGAUGGAACUGAAGUUAAUGAACUAUCCGCUCCUCUUGAAGUUCGAUUAGAAGUUCCCCCGAUUCAGAUCGCCUCAGAUGAACUACCUCAUCUGAACUGUCACCCAGACUCCAGUCUAGUCGUCCACUUGAGCCCUUCUCCCAAGCGCCCCUCCACUCGGUCCUCCAAAAAGCUGCCGCCAGUGCAAAAUAAACCAGCUGUCAGACCGACCACACAGCGGUCUCACUUGAAUCCUCCGAUUGCUCAGCACACGCUGGAUGAUUCAGAGGUGUCCGCCAACAUCAAUUCUGUGCAAUCAGGGCGAAAGUUGAAAAUCCGGAUUAAAAAAAUGGAUUCAUCCGCACCAAUACGAAACGACCAGCCUGGCGAAGCUUUACUUCCAGAGAUUAUUCCGGUUUCGCCCAGUCCAAAGUUGCGUUUAAUCUUGGAUGGUUCUUCACCCAACUGGGGGGCAGUCCGCGAAGCGGGAAGUUCAAUAACCGGAGAAACAACUGCUGGCCAAAACGAUGCUGCUCGACAUGAGAAAGAAAUAUCCAAAUCGAAAACCACAAAGAGUGCCAGCUCUGCUGGUCCCCCAGAAUUUGUAACUGGUUUACCUGGAGAAAAAGAGUCUUUCAGGCUUUUCAACACAGGCUUCAUCCUGCGAAACAGGACCCGACGCCAUACCGCAGGUCACAUGGCUGAUCAAUCUGAUCUAAAAGUUAGAGACAAUGCUCAUUCGCAAUCUCCAGAGCGGCAAGAAUCAAUUUCACCCAGGAUCAAACCUCGUCAAACUCGUGUCUCAACUCGCCUGAAACCUGUGCGACUCACACUGCUCCACAACCCCCCUCCCAAUCAAGAAUCUGCACAGUUGAACGCUUCCAAUGCGAUUUCCCUGGGACUCUCGACCGAUAACCAAGACCACACUUCUCGGGAACCCGCCUCUCCUGCGGAUGAUGAGAGCGGAAGCAGUGAGCUUUCAAAGCCGUCUUCCCCUUCCCUCGAACAAGCCAGCUCAGGCGAGGGAGAGAUGACAAACCCGUCCGACCUUCAAAUAUCUUUGGAAGCCCCUCAGGAAGAAAUUGGAAUAGCGAUCGAAAACGAAGGUUCAUCUGAGCAUCCUCGCAAUGGACAAAAGGCAAGCAAAACCUCCAAAACAGCAAAACGAGGUAGACAAACACGAGCUCAGCAAGAGAAAGAACUCGAAAUGGACCCCCGCGGGUUUCUCAUAUACCCUAAAGCCCCCCACAAUGGUGCAAAGCGUGUUCACCCCCUAGCUCGUGAUGCUUUCACAAGAAUGAGUCAAACCACACGCUUGCCUGAAGAAGGAUUGAUCGAAGACGGGACAUUGGUCUGGGCGAAAGUACAUGGACAUCCCUGGUUCCCUGCUGAAGUUGGGCUUCCUGAUGACCCAGCGGUUCCGCAAUCAAUGCUUGACAAACAACCGACCGAUGGAAAGAUCGAACAAUAUGUUCUGGUGAUGUUCUUUGACCGCCAGCGUAGUUGGCAGUGGGUCCAGCGUCGCAACACGCGUCUUUUAGGCGAAUCAGACGAGCUCGAUGCGUUACUUUCCUCGGAGGCUUAUGUAUCAAAUAAAACACAAUUGGAGGAAAUCCAAAACGGUUGCGCAUUUGCUCGCGCAAAUAUUGAGCAGUCGGAUGAUGCAAACGCUCCGGAGUUAGACGUCCUGGAGACGAAUCAGCAACCUCGCAGUGCCAGUUCGAUGGACGAUGAUCUCGGCCCCAGUAGUGAACGACACAACGUAGACGACUCAAAUAUUCAAGAUGGCGCCUAUGAGAUACCGCUAAAUAGAAUGAAAGGUUUAUCACCUCCCGGCUCAGCCUUCACAAUUGGCCUAAUUUGGAUUGUGGGUGACGAAGCCGUAGCUGCCUGGCGACCCAGCCCACUGAGCGACUCUAGCGCAACGGACUUCGGAGGGUCCAUGGGGCUUCAGAAUCAGGAUCCAUUCAACGACACGCUCUUUUACAAAGAAACUCGCUACAAUCGCGCAACACCCGAGCAACCCAACGCCAACGCCGACAAUGUUCUAACAGCUAUUCUGGACCACCUCUGGCUAGAUUACAACCGGACAUGGUCGGUAAGCUCACGGAUCCUUUGA